CCAUGCUUCCUUUUUCCUGGGCAUAGUCCUUUAAGCUUACAGCUCAAAUUUUUCUGAAAUUGCUGGUAUACGGCUAUCCAUAAUCAGAUUUACAUAUAAAAUAUUUCCCUUAUAUUGAAAUAUCAUGAUUUCUAGGUCCAUAAGUUCGAUGAGCACAGAAGUAGUUCUGAUUUUCAGUCUAUGUGCUUCGUACCUCUAAACAUUAGCCACUCACAUUCCACCAAAAUUCUUUAAGCAAUCACAAUUCUUUUCUUAUGAUUUGUUUUGUUAAAAUUUUAUAUGCUAAAUGUGAGAUGGUUCCUAUUAGGGAAAUUUACCCACAUAUUACCAAAACUCGAUACAAUUCUUAAACUAUGACCUGACAUGUUUUUAGUCGGUCCAAUGACAAAAAAAUGGAAAAAAAAACGGCCAGGUUUAUUCGGUAUUAUUAAAGUACGAAAAUACCCCCCAAAAAGGAAACAAAACGUGCAUUGAGGAUCUACGAGAAGCCAUCGGGCAGAGCAAAAAUUCGGCUGAGCGGUUUUUUUCAGAGUUCAAAUUAUGGAAGGAGUUAAAUGCUAAAACUACCUUCAGUUAAUGAGAGCGAUGAAGGAGAAUUGGUAGAAACGACAUCCGGAACUCAUAAGCUGCAGAGAGGAAGAAGGAAGACGAACGAUGGUGAAGAAAAAAGGGAACUCUCGACGAAACAGCGAUGAAUUGGACUACGAAAUCGUCAAAAUCAACGGCGUGGCAUAUAAGCGCUACUGUAAUGCUGAAGUUCUGGAGACAAGAGACGACAUGAGAGUUAGUAGUUUCUGCAAUCCAGUGAAGGCUGUUGAAAGUAUUAAGAGUGUAUUGACUGAAGAAGAAGUGAAACUGUUUAGGGAGACCGUAUUUGGAUACAUGUUAGAUGUAGGAAAUCUGAAAUGGUUAAAUGCACAACUGAUAUCCAUGCUGAUAGGAAAUCAUGUCGCACCUGUGGAAGAGAUGACUGUUAUGAAUGAAAUUCAGUUUCAAAUUGGAGAAAGAGUAGUAGGAAUGAAGAAAAAAGACCUAGCCUUGAUAACAGGAUUUGAGUUUGGGAGGAACAUACCAGCUAUGAGUACUCGUUGCGACGGGGAACUGUGGAGGAGGCACUUUAGUGGAAAGACAAGUCUUGACCGGGGAGACCUACGGCAAGCAUUUGAAUCCAUUAAUAAUAGAAGAGAAGACAUGCAACCAUUUGAUGCGGUGAAGUUAGCAUUGUUGCAUGUUCUUGGCAACUACAUACUAGGUAACCAGAAAUCACUCAAAGUGCCUACAACUUACAUCAACCUGGUAGAUGACCUUGAUGCAUUCAAUAAGUUUCCAUGGGGUGAUAUCGUGUGGUCUGAUUUGGUUGAUAAGGUUCCGAAGUGUGCAGCAAUAUUGGGGGAGGGAAAGAGCACUAGGGUGACAUUCCCUGGAUAUGUAUUUGCCCUACAAAUAUGGGGUUUUGAGACUUUUCCUGAACUGAACAGAGCGAGAGUGUGCUUGAAAAGGCCCGAAACUUACUGGCCAAGGACAUUGAAUUGGUCUGUCACGUCAAAGCCAUCAUCUGUGGUUCUUGCAGAGAUUAUUUUCAAUAAUCCAGAGUUUCAAUGGGAAGAGAUGAAACCAACAGAGGAGGAGUUAGAAGAGACAUGUGUUGCACAUGCUUUGGAGAAAAUAAGCAGUGAAGAAGCUUCUUCACAGCCAGUCAAGAAAGCAAGACGAAAGGCUACAAAUGGUAGUUGUAAAGUUCGGAAGGGGAGAGUAAAGAGUAGAAAAAACAAAAAGGAUGAUGUUGAUGAAAAUGAAGACCCAUCUGGUGAAGAUAGCGAAGGGAACAAAAUAAGACAAAGGGGAAUCAAGAAUAUUUUAAGAGAAGUGAGAGCACAGGGUGAAAGAAUUGAGAAACUUGAGAGGGCAGUUACCAAACUCUGUGAAUUGCAAGUGAAGCAUGCAAGCAUGAUUAAAAAGCUGUUGGUGAAUGCAAAAAAUGGAAAGGUUGCUAUAAGCAGAAGGUUUCCCUUGAUCAGGAAAAGAAAAGAAGUCAGAGAUGUGGACAUUCCAUCAUUUGAACUUGCACCAGAGUUCAACAAUGGAAGUGAAGACGAUGAAGAACAGAAAAGUGAAGAGCUACAUGAAGCGGAGCACGAGAAGAGUAAUGACAAAGCUGAAGAGAGCAAAGAUAGAAAUGGAACAAAGGAUGAAAUGGCAGCAUCUGAAGUGCAGACAGACUGGGGAGAUGGAUUUGAAGAACCAAUCAAUACCCAAGCAUUGGUUAAUGCAGUGGAUGAAAUAUUGGAAAAUAUGACUGUUAAUAACAAAGUUAACAAUACAUCAGAAAGAACUGAAGCCGUGGAUGCAGCGAACAUUGAGGUUCCAGUCGUUCAGAACUCUGAAGAUAUCCAGAAGAAUGGGGUAGAAAGUGCUGAAGCAGAGAGAGUCGAAGUGGUGAUGACUGAGCAACCAAAUGGUGAGAAAUGUGAUGAUCUCCAAAAGAAGGAUGGGGUUGAGAUGAAUGACGGUGCAUUUGAAGACGUUGAGAAAAGGCCAAGGAGAGAUACUAAAGCACCAAACAGGUUGUCUUUGUCAGGACCCGGAAACGGGAAAAGAAGGAAGAAGGAUGCCGCAAAACAUGAGCUAAAAAAGGUAGUAGUGAGAGGACCUCUGACAUUAGACCCAAAACAGCAGCCAAGUGAUAAGUUACAAGAAAUUAUAAUUGAUUUCAUGUAUGCGGGGCUACUAAGAAAUCACGAAAAGUCUGGCGUGAAGAAGUAUAAUGCAAAACAUGAAAUGCUGAAAUUGAGAAACAUGACACCAUUGUGGAAUGAUGGAAGACUGACAAGCAAGUCCUGGUACUACGCCAUAUGGUUUCAGGGGAAUUGGAUACAAGACACACACAUUGAUGUCAUAUUAUACUACCUGCGGGUCAAAGCACAAGAGUACUCUCUGAAGAAGAAGUUCACAACAACAGAUUGCUAUUUUACAGCACUGUUGAAACAACACCAUGAUCUCAUUGUGAGGAAAGAAAGCACACUUGAAGAGUCUAUACACAACAAAAGUGUCGUGGGAUCAAUACUUGGGACAAAUGUGCCUUACGGGCUACCAUGGGCAGAAUGUGAGCAUGUGUACAUGCCAAUGAAUAUUGGGCAUCACUGGGUUCUACUUGUGCUUGAUGUGGGCGAGAAGCGUAUUAGGAUUUAUGACUCCAAUAACCGGCUUAAAACCCCAAGCAGACAAUUGAGUCAGUUCUUACCAUGUUUGGAAAAUCAUUUAGGACAUCUAAUGGAUUGGUGCAGGGUGUACGAAGAGCGUGGUGAACAGCCAAUUGGAGAAGGAAAAGUGGGAUGGGUUAUGGAAUCCAGUCCACAACAAAAUGACGGG